GUUUAGUCAGGGUUUACAGGAGCGUGAUAACAAGGCGAGCGCUGUUCAGCAGGAAGUCAAGCUUUAUCAGCGGAGUGCGCAUGCGCCGCAGCUCUGCUCAAUCUAGGGCUGCGUUUCUCUCCAUAAAACGAUGAACAAACUCCUGGAUAGCUGUUAUAUGAAAGCAGCCCCCUUCUGUAGUCUUCUCUGAGUGUGAUGGCGACCACCGACGAGGUCACGGUGUCCAUGGGGGAGGUGGUAAUGGUGAAAGCUGACGGUGAAGGAGACGCUGAUGACCCUAAUAAGACUCAGGUCAUCCUCCAGCUCCAGCCAAUAACCCCUGGAGAUGAAUCUGCUGAAACAGAUGCAGCUGUCAUGGCUGUUGAAGCACAUCCAGAACAAACAGAUGGAGAUGACGUUGAAAUUGGCUGUCCCAUAACUUGCGGCGACUGUAAAGCUGUGUUGCUAGUGAAGAAAUUCGUGUGCCCAGGAAUCAAUGUAAAAUGUGUGAAGUACGAAGACCAGCUGAUCAGCCCGAAGCAGUUUGUGCACAUUUCUGGAAAAGCCACUCUGAAAGACUGGAAGAGAGCCAUCAGGAUGGGUGGAGUCAUGCUAAGAAAAAUGAUGGAUUCAGGUCAGCUCGACUUCUACCAGCACAGCACACUGUGCACCAACACAUGUCGCAGCACCAAGUUUGACCUCUUAAUCAACAACACACGGUUCCCUCCAGAUGGUUCUGGGCUUACCACACCCACAUCCUCUCAAGCUCAGGUGGCUCUGGGUAAUGGCGGAACAGCAGGCGAGGACAGAGCCGAGGUUCUGAGCGGGAAGAUGGACUGGAUUUCGAGCUCACUGGAGGCUGUGGACAAGAAGGAAUCGAAUGAGAUCUCAGAGGACACACUGAACUUCUGGAAGGGCAUCGCUGAUGUAGGUUUGCUGGGUGAAGUGGUGACCAACAUCAGCACAGAGCUGCUGGAGCUGCUGAACGGCGUGCAGCAGCGCAGGGAGCCAGCAGCCUUACAGGACACAGAUUCCUGUCUGGUAGAGGUGGCGGUGCUCAGUAACCUCGCCCAAGUGUUCGGCCUGCUCGACUCGGUCAAGAAGACGGUGGAGAGGAGGAGGCAGCAGACAGAUCCCAGCCAGGAGCAAAUCCUCAGCGCACUCAACAACUUGGAGGUUCAGUUGGAAGAACACAGGAAGCAGCAGCAGGUUCGAGCUCUCUUUUCCUGCCCGCAGCCUGCCAAAAACAAAACUCCCACCAAGCGCCAAACCAAGCGGCCUCGUCUCCAGAGGCCCGCCUCCACCACCACCCUCCUGACCUCCCCCAUCAACCAGCAGGCCACCCUGCAGCCCCAACAGUUCACUGUUCUUUCCCCCAUCUCGUUGUCCUCUGUCGGUCAGCCAUUCACGGUGGCAGGCCUGCCCAUCGCCUCCCUGGCCCAAUCCUCCAACACAGUUACCCUGCUGCCCGCAGGCUCGCAGGUCUUCACCCGCUACAUGGUGACUGGAGACGGAAAGGCAGACACCAUCACCUUGCACCCGUCCUCUGGCCUCACGCUGGUGGGCACCACCACCAUGCAAGACUCCAGCCAGUUGGGCACGGUGGUGAGCCCCGUAGAGCUGCUGCACCUGAGCCAGCAGGCUGGCGGCACAGAGGUGGUGCCCAUAGAAGGCCAGGUGGUGGACGGCACCAUGGUGGUGCAGCAGGAGGUAAUGCAGGGCGAGGUGGAGGCCGGCCAGGAGCACACGGUCAUCGAGAUCAACCCAGCUCCAAUGGAGCAGGCGGUGGGAGUGAUGGAGCUGCAGCUGACCGGGGAGUCGGGCAGAGAUGGUGCUACCAUGAUGGUCCAGAGCGGGAUGGAGGUGACGAUGGCUGCAGCGGAGGAGGAGACGCAGUGCCAAAUGCAGGAGGCACAGACUGAAGGGGUUCAGGGGCUGCAGCUGGAUGCCAGCGGACAGUUGUCAGGUGUACAGAUAGUGGUUAUAGGAGAACAUACUCAGGAAGAAAACAAGGUCAAAUGAGACAAACCUCCUAUUUUAUCCAGCAGAGCAGGUAUGGACUCGUACGAUCACAGACUUCUGAAACUGUAAAUACACAGAAUUUCCAAAUCCACAAAUUGCCUUGGCCUAAGACCAAGCUCUAGGGAGUAGCCAUUUUUCCUUUUUUGGUGUGUGUACAUGCUUCUCUCAACUUGUUGAUUUUUUUAUUGAAACAAAGAGGCAUCACAACAAAGAAUAUACUGUGUGCUUCUGUUUGAUUUGUAUUUAAAGUGUGAUUCCAGUUCAUUACAAUUGUUGGGUCAGAUAUUUGUAGUUUUGGCCAUCAUUUCUGUUGGGAAUAAUAACGCUGUGCCCGCCGAGUUAAAUACUGAGAGGUGAGAAUGUGUCAGUAUCUGAGUCAGUCAGACAGACUUUUAACAAGUCUGCGGGUUAGCCAAACCUAAGGGAAGUGAAAACAUCUGUUGUGUGAUCACAGUCUUCCUGUGCAAAGCUGAAUUAUUACCACCAUUUUGGGUGCGCUCACUUUACAGCUGCACCUCCAAAUAAAAGGGGCAAAUCAGUUUCCCAAAACAUGGGCUUCCUAUCCAUACCCACACGUCUGAACCAGGAGGAAACAAUAUGAUUUGGCAAAAAGAGCUGAAUAAUAAAUAUUUAACUUUUCAAGCUUUUUUUGCAACGAUGACCUUGAAUCUCAAGGACACUGACUUUGAGCUUAAAAAUGUCAGUCAUCACCUAUUUAGCCCAGUCUGCUUUAAUCUGCAGAUGUUGUGCUCAUAUUGCCAACUAGCUGAAAACACAUUCAGAGUUUGAGAGUAUAAAAGACGUAAACAAACAUGAAGUCUGACCCUCUUUUUGCUCAAGAUAGUGGUUCAAUAGUUAGUUGUCAAUACAACAUUCAUCUGUAUUGCAGAAACAUUGAGAACGCCUGGUUAAAUCAGUCUGUCUGAACUGUUGUCAGUCUGACUCAUAGAAAUAGAGUGAAUAGAAAGGACUUUGAACUACCUGAACUUGAAAUUGAAACUGAACUGUAAUUGUUAGUUGUCAUGGUGACAACAUGCACACAUCAGCAGGGCCGUGAAGUGUCACACUUGCUAGUUGGACUGCAGUUUUGGCCGACUGCUGCCUUUUAAUUGAUCAAAGGAAUCAGGGCUGGGUAUUGUUUAAAAAUGAUAAUACCAGCACCAAUAAUGGUACCUUUAAUGUGAUACAGAUCCCAGUAGAGUACUUCAGUAGAUACAGUUUUUUUUUCUGCUAAAUCCAAUACCCAUCGUGAAUUGGAAGAACUCAUUUGCAUAAAGCCAUCCAGCCAUCUCUAUCAAAGACACUGCACUCAACUUCACCGCACCACAGACUGUAUGAACUGUAGCUGUUACGGUCAUGGGCCACUCACAUGUUGCAGUAAAUCAAAGAAUGCUCCCAGUGAUUGGCUGCCAACACAACCAUACAAAUAGUCAUUUUUUUCUGUAUCUAGGUACACAAACAACUGAAUGCAGGUACUGGUUUAUUUUAGUCGAUACUUUAAAGGUAUCAAGUAGCAAUACCCAGCCCUAAAAGGUAUUCAUUCAUUCAUUCAAACCUUUAUAUAAUCAAUUUAGGGAGACCCCUAAUUUUCAAUGAUGUCGAGCAUGAACUCAGACAUUAAAACAAUCAUAUCAGUUAAAACAGAAAUGAAAUCGUUUAAAGCAACAACAAUAACUACAAAUGAGCAGUAAAAGUAGAGUUACAGGGUGAUAACUAUGCUAAAUUGUAGAUGUAUAAUUAAAAGCAUGCGCACUCAAUUAAAACAAGAUCAGAAAUAAGGCACUUAAACAGCCGUAAGUGUAGCAGAGUGUCCAAGUUCUAAGUCUUUUGCAGAUUAUUCCACGUAUAAGGUGCACUGUAAGAGAAUGACCUAGUUCUGAUUAAGGGAAUGUGAAGCAACCUAUUCUGUGAACGAGGACCAACAGUAUGUGAGGAC